CACACGCGAGGUACCGGUCACAUGCACGCGUGCAAACACACGUUCAUGCUCUUCCCUGCACAAGUCACACGCAAGAUGGCGUGGAAGUUGAGUCUUCUAGCUUUGUUGGCCUGCUGCAGCAAUGCGUCCGCGUUCGUGAUGCCGUUGGGAUCAAGGGCGGAGUUGAAUAUGAGAGCGGCGCAACUACCCUCUCCACAAGCGAGACGAUCAACGAGAUGCAACAACACCCCACCGAACAUGCGCUAUAUCGCCAUGAACAGGUUCAAGGUCAAGCUUGGCUGUGAGGAGGAGUUUGAAACCAUGUGGAGGGAGCGAGAGAGCAAGCUGGCCAGCUUUUCGGGCUUCGAGCAGUUCAUGCUGCUGAGGGUCGACACCAGAGAGGCAGAGAAGAAGGAGGAGGAAGAGGGAGCGCCCGCGGCCAGACCCGGUUAUACGGAGUUCGUUUCUCACACCACCUGGGCGCAUCAGAUGGAUUUCGAGGAGUGGAAGAGAAGCCAAGCGUUCAAGAAGAGCCACGGUGGCGGUGGCGGAGGAGAAGGAAAGGGCAAGGGGGAGCUCGGGGGGUUCGUUGUUGCUGCUGGGGGCAUGGGCAAGAUGCGCGAUCUGAUCAUGGAGCCACCCGUCCCCUCUCUGUACAACGCUGCGAUUGUCGAGCCGGUGCCCCCAGAGCAUCAGGGUGGUCUGUGGGAUUUUGAGGAUGAACCGUCGUACUUCGACGGCGACAUGUAAAAGUUCUGUAUGGAAUAGUACGCGAGGUCAACCAGGCGGUGGGAAGCAGAAGCCUGUCAUGCACCACAGCAGUGCGUAACACCGAGCGAUAGGGGUAAGAUUCGGGAUUCUCGCUGAAAGAACGCUUUUUUGGGAAAGGCUAAUGUAUUCUGACAGGUUUUCUGAACCGGAUUCGGGGAAUGCGCAGGUCCACGGGUUGGGAGAACCAUCUCUUGUUUUCAAGGAUCGUGUGGUAGAGUGUUGGUCAAUCUGCAUCGGGGUCUGGACCUUCAAGAACCUGCAACAGCACAGCAAGGACGCAAGCCGCCGCUUGACUUCCCCUCCUCUGUCCAUAUCCUCCACGGAAGAGUUAAUCGUU